AUGGCAAACAAAAGAAAUUGUAAUAUAGCCAAAAGUGGAUAUAGUCCACCUACUCCUGUUCCAGCAAAAAAGAAAAUUGACAGAUUCUCUUCUCCUUCUGGUUCAAUCUGCCUUCAAGAAGACUACUACCUGAUUACCAGUAUUAAUUGCAAUCAAACAUUUGUUUAUACAUUAACAAAUGACCAUGCUAACACCAAUACUAAUGAACAGGGUUCAUCUGAUCUAGAUAUUGUUAUGAAUAAUCAAGAUCAACAAAUUAAAAAACAUAUGCAGAAACAAUUACAUCAAAAAAAUAAAAAUAGAUCAACAGAUAGACCAGAUGUUCCCCUCUUCUCAUCAAUUAUCCCUCACAAUGAAUCUUUACCACAUACUUUUCCAAACAACAAAUAA